UAUCGGACGCCUCAAACUUUUAUUUUGAAACUGUUUUCCGCAAUGUCGUCAGAGCUGUGUUGACAACAUUCUUGACUUAAAGGAAAGCAGUUAAAUGACUAACUUUACAUCAUGGACAUUGAAUUCCCCAGUCAAGAGCACUUAGACAGAAUUCCUCUCCCUGUCCCGGCCCUGCGCCUCUUGGUCCCUCCUGUGCGCCUCAUGUCUGCCUUCAUGUGGAGAACUGUGCAGCAGAAGGAUGUGAUGCAGUUUGGCUUGCUUGCAGAUUUGGUUUCAUUGGUGUCAGAGGCAGUUCCAGACCUGGUCAGACAUAAACUUGGAGUUCAACUCAUUCUAGGACUGCGUGCAAAGCUUGUUUUGAAGUUGUGCGAGAGAGACAACGCUGCUGACAUGCACGCAAUUCAUCCUCACCUCAACAGCAUUCAACUGGUGGAUCACACUGCGGUUGGAGAAGCAGGUGUUCGUUUUGUGGAGCUGGUCCAAACACUUAUUAAAGAUCUGGAUGUGAAGGAGCAUUUCUUCCAGCAUGUGUUUCCAGUGGAUUUCGGCACUGACUUUGACUCAGCCAUUCAGGUCCUGAUGUGGCAUUUCCUGUCUAGGCUGGAGCACUUCCUGCCAAUUCCUGACCUUCAGCAGACUCUGGCUUGGCUUGACCCAGUGUUUCCUGUUUCUAAAGACUGUGAGGAGUUCAGUAGUCAUUCAGAUCACUUAAAGACACUGCUUGAGCACUACAAGAACCGUGGACAUCUAGAUACCAAAUUUUGCAGAAACCAAUAA